AGGGAUAACCACAACAAUGGAUGAUUACACAAAAAUAGAGAAGAUUGGGGAAGGUACCUAUGGUGUUGUGUAUAAAGGUCGGCACAAAACCACAGGCCAAGUGGUUGCAAUGAAGAAAAUACGUCUAGAAAGUGAGGAGGAAGGUGUUCCAAGUACUGCUAUCCGAGAAAUUUCUUUAUUAAAAGAGCUGCAUCAUCCCAAUAUAGUCUGUCUUCAGGAUGUUCUUAUGCAGGAUUCAAGACUGUACCUCGUCUUUGAAUUUCUUUCCAUGGAUCUCAAGAAAUACUUGGAUACUAUUCCAUCAGGCCAAUAUUUGGAUCGUUCACGUGUUAAGAGUUACUUGUAUCAAAUCUUGCAAGGCAUUGUCUUCUGCCAUUCAAGAAGAGUUCUGCACAGAGACUUAAAACCUCAGAAUCUCUUAAUAGAUGACAAAGGAGUGAUUAAACUGGCAGACUUUGGAUUGGCUCGAGCCUUUGGAAUUCCAGUGCGGGUAUACACUCAUGAAGUAGUGACACUGUGGUACAGGUCUCCAGAGGUGUUGCUGGGAUCUGCUCGUUACUCUACUCCUGUAGAUAUAUGGAGCAUAGGUACCAUAUUUGCUGAGCUAGCAACUAAAAAGCCUCUUUUCCAUGGGGACUCUGAGAUAGACCAGCUCUUCAGAAUCUUCAGAGCUUUAGGGACCCCCAAUAAUGAGGUGUGGCCUGAAGUGGAAUCCCUGCAAGACUAUAAAAACACAUUCCCAAAAUGGAAACCUGGCAGCCUUGGAACACAUGUCAAAAACUUAGAUGAAGAUGGACUUGAUCUGCUGUCUAAAAUGUUAAUUUAUGAUCCUGCAAAAAGAAUUUCUGGCAAAAUGGCCUUGAACCAUCCGUAUUUUGACGACUUGGACAAAUCCACUCUUCCUGCUAAUCUGAUUAAGAAAUAAUAGGCCUUUUGGACUAAAUCAACCACCACAGUGAAAUAAUUGUGAUUACUCUUAUUAU